AUGAGAGACCUAAAAGGAUUUUGCAAAUGCAUAGCAUCGACGUGCCUUCUUCUAUGGGCGUCCAGUGCAGCGGCCUCAACCGCCUGCAGCCCUCAAGUGACCGUGGAAGCGCCCAGAAAGAGCGAAUAUUCCCAAAUCAUAAACAGGCUCGGCAAGUUUAUCAAGACAGUUCUGGUUGCGAACCAAAACGAAAGCAGCUUAAAAAACUCUAUUGCUGUAAGCCAGCUGGCCAGCCAGCUCGGCGGAAUCAAAUGCCAGACAGAGGAAGGGGUGUCGUUCUACGUUUCAAACCACAUUGGAGCUCUUUACUACACGAAUAAGAACCCGAUGUCGGGCACCACCAGCGGACACAGAUUGGCCAUGCUCGAAAAUCUAGAGUCCGAUGACAAGAGGGUGUGCAUCCCGUUUAUUGACGCCGAGGGGCACAACGACUGGGUGCACAGCAUCCUUGAUGUAGAGGAAGAAACCGAGGGAAUUCGGGACCACAUGCUGCUGGCCCAGGGAAUUCGGGUUAUUCUGCAAAACCUUUACGAAAUCCAGAAGAACGCAAUUAGCAUGAACAGAAAGAGGCAGGCCCAAAUCAUCACGAAGGAAAUUGCAAUGCAGGAGAUCCAGGAAAUCAAAGAAAACUACGACAUAAUGCUCCAGAACUUGAACCCUGCAAUGGCGCAGGUGUUCUUUAGAAGCCUUGACCAGAGCAUGCGUUUGUUCUUAGAGAAUAGGGCCAAAGAGCUUAUGGUGCAGAUCAUUCAUGACUCCAUCAGCCAGAAGCCAACAGGCAAGUUCUCGUGCAACGUCAUACAGGCCAUGGCCAAGGACAUUGUGUGGGCAAACACACCCGCCCACUUAUGCUCGCACAAGAAGCCACAUAGCUCAGGCAGCCGCUCGUGGAUCACAGAAAGCAAAAUUGAGGGCGGAAUCCUGUACAUUCGAGAGACAUUCCUAAACCCCAAAAACGAAACAAUUUCCGAAGAAAAGCACACUGCGCUGAUAAAAACCCUCAAAGAGCUGGUUUUGCUCCUUUCCCUGCAAAAGGUUGCAUCUCCGGGCGAAGCCGGCGGUAUGAAAAACGUGUCCCUGGAGAAAGUGCUGAGCAGAGCAAACUAUAACACACCCAUGACGAGCAUAACCCACUAUGCUGAAACAGAGGAAGAAAUGGAAGAGGCUAUUCAGAAAUGCGGCGUGAACACCAUGUACGUGCAUGAGCCAAAGACGGUUAAUGUCUCUUUCGCAAGCCUUGAAAACAGAACCUACAUGCUGAACGGAGACUCCAUCUACUACCUGCCUGCCUUUGGAGAGGACAGCACCAACACAAUGAAAACCCAAGACGAAAAGCAUGUGGCUGUACACACAGCUAGGGUGGAGAGCUACUUGAAAGAAAAAAUAAGCGCCUGCCCCAAUGGAGGCCCUUUGAAGCAAAUAGACAGAUACAGCCUCACCGACCUGUUCAGCAAAAUUGUUGAGGACAACACAUUCAAGCUGCAGUCUGGAAAAAACAGCAUUGUGGUGACGCCGAUCCCCACCAGCAUAGGCGUCAUAGGCUGCGCCCAGGCAAAAGAUGCCGAUGCCGGGAUUGUAAAGAGAGCACACGUUAUGUACAAAAACCCGCUAUUCGCCAGCGCCCCGUAUGUGCAGUACAACUGUGUGCAGAGAAACACCAUACACGGCGAAAAAGUGUUCUCUGUGAUUGAGCUAAGCUCAAGCCAGCUUAUCCACGGAAACAGCAUGCCCACGGGAAGGUCGGCCCUGUUCAACAAAGACGCCUACAGCCCCCCACACACCGUAGAAGAGUGCUUCUCUGCCCGAAAGGAUGCAGUUGUUAGAAUUUUGAAUCAUGUUCUAGACGAUGGCAGCUAUAAUCUGGGCAUACCCAAUGGAAUAUGCAUAAAGGAGGUUAUCGCGAAAAUCGUCCAGUACUUGGGGACUGCAUGCUCUUCCCAUUGUGAUCUCUCUGUUGAAGAAGCUGCAGACUUCUCAGUUGUGCAGUUUGGCACUGCCAUGUGCAUUCUGACCAGCGUUCAGAAAAGCCUCAAGGAGGCUUUCCAGAACCUUGAUGCACAGAAGGCCCUGGACAUGAAAUUCUUUAGGCAGACACCAAACAUAAACAACGCACCCAAUGGCCCUAUAGCAAAUGUGCUAUUCGAGGAAAACAAUGUGACAGAAGUGGUUUGCAAAAGCAUAGUUGUGGCCUUGUCAACCUUAAAUAUCGAAAGCGUCUUUAACACUUACAGAAGCGCGUUUGUGUGCAACAAAACAACACAUCUGCCUUCUUUAGAUAUGUACAGCGACAAGCUGGCAGCGAGCAUCCCGGUGUUUGAGAAAAGCAUGGCCAAGAGCACAAAGUUUAGCGGCCAGCUUGCGUGUCUUGACAUGCAUGUUAUUGAGCUUGGAAGCUUGUUUUGUGGCAACAACCUAGGAAGAAAAAUUGCUAGAACCAACAGUACUCUGGCUCACAAAAAUCCAAGCCCCUACACAAGCCUAGUGCUGGAAUGUGUGACUGCGUUUUUGACCUUGCUGAACAACACUGCCAACCGCCAGGAGUAUAUCUCGUUCCCGUCCAUGGCAAUCAGCUGUUCCUCUGAAAUCAGGCCGUUCCUGGAAAUUCUUUCCAAGAUCGCGCCAGUCUUCCUGCUUUAA